GGUUGGGCGGAAGGGCGGUUCUAAGAGACGUCACUUUCCGUUCCUCUCGUGCUCCGUGUGACUCUCACUUGCUCCCCCGGGAACGAGGACUAGCUGUUUUGGAAUAGCGGGAAGGAAAACUACCGGACGAGGCCGGGACAGGGACGGUGUUGGGUAGAUAUCCAUGGUGACCACGCUGGUGGUUGUCCGUUUCCGGGGUCAGACUGAGGCUAGCUGUGCCAACGGUGGGACUGAAGCAGAGACAGAGGAGAAUCCCCUGUUCCCAUGGCAGACGCAGUACAGAAGAAGCUCCAGGGGGAGCUGGAGAAAUACCAGCAGCUGCAGAAAGACCUCAGCAAGUGUAUGAACGCCCGGCAAAAACUAGAGGCUCAGCUGACUGAGAAUAACAUUGUGAAGGAGGAACUGGACCUCCUGGACUCGUCUAACUCUGUCUACAAGCUGAUAGGGCCUGUAUUGGUGAAACAGGACACAGAUGAGGCCAAGGCGACUGUUGGGAAAAGGCUGGAUUACAUCACAGGAGAAAUCAAGCGCUACGAUUCACAGAUGCAGGAGUACGAGAAGAAGUCAGAGCAGCAGCGGGAGACCCUGGCACGGCUGCAGCAGGAGUUCCAGAAAGCCCAGGCCAAGGGGGCCAUCAAGGCGUGAACGCUUGCCAGAACUGUGUGGAUGGGUGGGGGGGUGGGGCGGGCUCUGUGUGUCCUAGUUCGUACUGUGUUUGUCUGAAAUAAACUUGGGGACAUCCAAUCUCUGCUCAUUCUUGUUGUCAGUGCCUCCUCCACAAUGGAUGGCUUUGUGACUCCUCCCUCGCAGUCCUUGGUAUUCAGGAGUGGGGAGAGAAGCCACCUAAAUGCCACACUGACAGGCCCCACACUCCUUGAAAUGAGAGCCAACGGAUGCUGAAAUGGAGCAGUGAGUGGAAGGGGUCUGCUGGGCUGAAGGGCCUGAUUGCCCAAAUGUGGUCUCCUGCAACAUGGAGUUGUCAUGCAAACCCAGCUUAUGAUACAAAAUUCCCAAAUGCUACUCCCCACCAUAGAGCACCUAUACCCAAGAUGGCCCUACCAUUUCUUAUCUCUGGGGCAUACUUGCAUUGAAGUUAAACAUUUAACUCUCUUGUUCCAAGUUUCUGCAAACUGCUUCUUUGUGGAAGUUGGGUCCCAGGUUUCUCUAUGAAAAGUUGAAUCUCCCCAGCAGAGACGUGGGUGGUGCCAGUGUUCCCUGUAACAGGGGUUCCCAGAUGUUAUUGAAUACAACUCCUAUCAUCCCCAGCCAAAGUCCUUUGCAGCUGGGAAUGAUAGGAGUGGUAGUCCACAUUUGGGAAUCCCUGUUACAGGAGACACAGGUGCCGUGCCAUUAGGCAUGGACCUGGGAGUCCAGGUCCAUGUGCACACUCUGCUUGAGAGAACCCCAAAAUUUUCCCCCAGGGAAAAGAGGUCGUCUUUUAUAUUUCCAGAAUGGCUUGGCCUAGAUUUUUAAAAUUUGGCACAGAGGUAGGACAGGUUAGCAGUACUCUGUGUUUUGAUUUUGAAGUGGCUCAGUCAAUCUGUUUGUUUCUAAUUUUAAAAAAUGUUUCCAAAAAUGCCUAUGGACGAUCAUUCCACCUCCCCUAUGAAGGAAUCUGCCUUUUGCUUUCAUUAAAAAAUUUGCAACAUCCUGCCCCCUCCCUUUUUUUGUCCAACCCUUUAUAUUUCUAGAAUGUCUGGGCUUAGUUCUGAAAUUGGGCAUAUAUGUAGCCCAAGAUGGCAGGAGUCUUUUUUAUUAUUAUUUCAAGGGAAUCAGUCAGUCCUGUUAUUUUUUUUUAAUGCAUUUCCCCCCUACUGCAGUAAAUCUGCCAGAGUUAUCUCUAUCCAUAGCGUACUUCACACGUGAAAGUGGAACUGUUACAUCUGAAUAAACAAACUAUUAUUUUUUACACAUG